UUUCAGUAUCAAGCGGACCACGAACGAAAUCGCAUCGAACGUCUUACUCUUAAAUCGAACACAAGUGAUACACAAGUACAUCUCAGCAAUGGAUUGCGGCGGCGUUUUUGUGAAAUAUGUGCUGUUCAUAUUCAACAUACUGUUUGUGAUAUGCGGCAUUUUGCUUAUCACCUUCGGCUCCAUCAUGGUGUCCACCAUAAAGGACUUCUCGGGCGUUGGCGAGACCUUCACGGCAAACAGCGUGGCCAUCAUCAUCCUGGUCCUUGGCUGCGUAGUCUUCCUGGUAGCCUUCAUGGGAUGCUGCGGCGCCAUACGCGAGAAUUCCUGUGCUCUGACCUCGUACUCUGUGGUCAUGCUGGUGCUGUUGGUUAGUCAGCUAGCUCUCAUUAUCUACGUGUGGGUGGACCAUGUGCAGAUACAGCAAUCUUUGGAGAAGAUCGUCCAGACCAUAUGGGAUCAACGCAAGACCGAUGCCCUCCUCAUGGACACACUGCAGCGAUCGUUCAAGUGCUGCGGCUUGAACGGCUUCGCUGAUUACGGCAUUACGUAUCCCGCCUCCUGCUGCGACUCGCCCUCCAAUGGAACCUGCGCACUAACCCAAGUCAUGACGCGAUCCAGUUGCCUGAAGGCCGUUGAUUCCUUCUGGGACACCAACGUGAGCAUCAUCAAGUACGCUGGCCUGGGUGUGACUGCUGUUGAGCUUGUGGCCUUCAUUUUCGCCUGCUGCCUGGCCAAUCAGACCCGCAACUCGCAGAGACGCCAGAACUACUAAACGAUGAAACGAUGAAUUAGUAGCAUAGUAUUAGGAUUAUCUCCCGACCCUCUUUAACGUCAUAAAGUCAAUAUGAAUAAAUAAAACAAAGUGCUUCGCAUGCUUACUGUAUAUAAUUGCGACAUUUGAUAGUUUAUGGUCCAAACAAAGACAUUUCACGAUAAGGUUAAAAUAAAUAUAUCUCGACUAAUAGAUACUUCUUACUAAGCCAAUGAGAGUGCAAGGGAGAUCGAGAUAUGAAAACAGCAAAACAACUGCAUCCUAACAUUAGUAUCUAGAAUGAUGGAGUAUGGGAACGAUAGGUGUUGACUUAAUAAUACUAUAUUUACUAGCAAGAAAAAGUCCACAUCAUAUCUUGGUUUUGUAGUUUCAUGUGAUUUUUGGGGAAAACUCGAUAACUCUAAGAAACAAAUUCUUUUCACUAUGUGGACUAAUUAAUAAAUGGUAAAGUAUGUAUUCUUUAAUAUAAUCAACAC